AUGGCGUCAAGGCCCACUUUGGAGGAAAUCAACGAUGAUGACAUCGACAACAUGGACAUGGAUAUCGCACAGUUCGAUCCAAGUCUCCGCACGCCUUUGGCACCAGUGCAAAAGCCGGUGAUUACGAGGUCCCAAGACCAGGAAAUAAACACCCCAGGAUCCCAAAACUUCGCUGACCUUUCGCAAAGACCCGCUUCUGCGUCAACUGCGGGGAAAAAGAACGAUAUUGUGGACCCAUCCAAGUUCUCCGACGAGGAAAAGGGCGAGUUUCGCCAGCUACAGGUCAUUUAUCCAUGUUAUUUCGACGUGAACAGGUCCCACGGCGAAGGCCGGAGGGUCAGCGUGGAACUUGCUGUUUCAAACCCAUUGGCAAAAACAAUCAGUGACGCGUGCCGUCUGUUGGGUGUGCCUGUCUUGCUCGAGCUUGAUAAAUCGCACCCGCAGGAUUUCGGCAAUCCGGGGCGAGUGAAGGUUCAGCUUAAAAAAGAGGGGAAAGCAAUAAAUAGCAUGUACCCGACGAAAAGAUCGCUCAUGCUGGCCAUCUCCAAGUUCUUGCAGGCGCACCCCACCACUAUAGCCAGUAUCAGUAAAGAGAGCGGAAUCCCGUAUCCAAAAGAGUACGAGAUGGAUUUCACACCGGAGGAGUUGCCAAGAGUCAAGGGCUUCAAAAUGAAUACGAUUGUGCCAGUCCACUCGAACUUGACCUUGAAGCAUCCAAUGAUGAAGCUGAUAUACGACCCAGAGCCGGAGCCCGUGGAGGCCCCCAAACCGGUGAAGGCUCCCAAGAAGAAAAUGAUGAAGAUUAGAGGUUAG